AUGACUAAUUCCACCAUGCUGGCUGAGUUUCUCCUCAGUGCUUUUGCUGAUGUUUGGGAGCUUAGGUUCCUACUUACCAUGUUAUUCCUACUGAUGUACUUGGACCUUGUAGGGAAUCUCCUCAUCGUCACUGCCACCACUCUGGACCAGAGCCUUCACACACUCAUGUACUUCUUCCUCAGGAACCUGUCCAUCUUAGACGUGUGCUACAUUUCUGUCACUGUUCCCAAAGCCUGUGUCAACUCCCUCACUGACAACAGGGCCAUUUCAAUGGCUGGCUGGGCAGCUCAGAUCUUCCUGCUCCUUUACUGCAUAUAUGUGGAGCUUCUGCUCCUCACCAUCAUGGCCCGUGACCACUAUGUGGCCAUCUGCCAGUCCCUCCGCUACCCAGUCAUCAUGAAGUACUAUUUCUGUGUCCGUAUGACACUGGUCUUCCUUCUCAGUGGUCUCACCUAUGCAGCUGUGCACACAGGGAACACAUUCCAGCUGUCCUUCUGUCAGUCCAACGUGGUCCACCUGUUCUUCUGUGACAUCCCCUCUCUGCUGAGGCUCUCCUGCUCCGACUCCUUCAGUAACAUCCUCUUAGUUCUUGUCCCAGCCAUGGGGAUUGGUGGUGGCUGCUUUGUGUACAUCACCAUGUCAUACGUCCGCAUAUUUUCUACUGUGCUUAAGUUUCCAACCAGGGAGAGAGGAAAGGCCUUUUCCACCUGUGUCCCUCACCUCCUGGUGGUGUCUGCCUUUCUCAGUUCUGGUGCCUAUGUGUACCUAUGGCCUUCAGUGACUUCUGAAACCUUCCAAGACAUGAUUCUUUCUGUGUUUUAUACCAUAGUUCCUUCAUUCUUGAAUCCUAUGAUCCACAGUCUUAGAAACAAACGGGUAAUGAAAGUUAUGAAGAAAGUUAUAUCAAAGUUUUAUUCAGGAAAAUUAUAA